GCCAUAAUCUGCGGUACGCGACAAGUGUAGAAUUCCGCUCCCCGGGGUCAGUGCACAUCGGUACCCGGGCGUAUUUGCCGCUUCCGGGCACGCGGUCCACCGGCCCGUGUCAUGCGCAACGGAAGGUCAGCGCUCCCCGGGAUAAAACGCCGAUCGGCCCUGUAACGCCGUGUGGGAGGUCCGGACGGAGCCCGGGUGGUGCAGAGGCGGAUCCAAAGGACAUGAUGUGGGCGGUGAUUUCCGCUCCCUUGGAAAGCUUUAUCGGUCGUGCUGUUCUUACUUUUGGCUUCAAUAUCUUGUGUAAAUUAUUGCUUCCGUACUUUUCGUCACGUUCACACGCGUGAAUCAGUCCAAUUAAAGGGGGGCAUGGGGGGACAAUUUGCCACCGCAAUAAUGAGAUGAGAGAUGAGGGCAGUCGGUUCGCGCGAGACCGUCGGAGAUCGGGGAUGAGAUCGACGGCGUUCGGCGGUGCGGAAGAGUUCGCUCGGGCGGAAUGGAAUCCGCUUGUACGCGAGAGGAGUGCUCGCGUCGUCGUCGGUCGCGUGCGAGCGUGCAGGUUCGCCCGUUCGGCGGAAUCAUAGAGUCCGGUGACGAGUCGUCACCGCUGGUGUGAUGGCAACGAGGAGGUCGUCACCGCUUUGCCCGCGGCCGACACCAUGAUAACCAUGGUGGAACCGACGUACCCCGGCUGUCAGUACUUCAGCGGACUGGCCACCCGCGUCGGACUCUCCGUCGACCAGGUGAACUUUCUGCUUGGUCAGCUGGCCGGCCUGGCUGUGGCGACCCUGUUCCGUCUUCAGCUACGGCCGGGUCGGGUCGGGCCGGCACCACGGCACCUGGCUGCCGCCGCCACCGGCCUCGGGAUCCUGCUCUUCUGCUAUGGCAGAGACACGGUACACGUCAUCACUCAGGCCGUAGUGACGUACAGCGUCAUACGACUGGCGCCCGCCAAAUACGUCCACAGGUUAUGUCUGCUGUUCGCCAUGAUCUAUCUGACCAUCAUCCACUACGGGCGACUCGGUCGACGAAACCCCUACAUCGACGUCUCCGGACCUGUGAUGGUGCUGACCAUGAAGGUGACCCUCCUGGCCUUCAACAUCCACGACGGCGCCGCCUCGGACACUGGAGACCUCCAGACUAACAACCCCGAUAUCCGGCGACUGGCAGUUAGUCGGGUGCCAGGCCUGCUGGAGUUUGCCGGCUACGCCUUCAACUUCCAGACAGUGCUGGUGGGGCCGAUGGUCGACUUCCGGCACUACAAACACUUCAUCGAGACGGGAGUGUCUCCGCCGCCGCCGGGGGCACCUGUUGACAAGACUGGCUCUGACGGCAAUGCCAACCUGGUGCGACCCUCACCGUGGCGGGCCGUGCUGCGUCAGCUGGGAGUCGUCACCAUCACCGCCUGGUGCGUGGUGUUCCUGGUGCCCAAGGUGCCGCACGCCUUCUUCAGAGAGGAGGCCUACUACGGCUGGUCGUGGUGGCGCCAGUGGGGCUACAUGUACCUGUCCGGUCUGAUGGGCCGCAUGAAGUACUACGCCGCCUGGUGUCUGGCCGGGGCGGUCUGUAACGCCUCCGGACUGGGCUACAGCGGCCUGGGGGAGGACGGCCGACAGCGCUGGGACGCCGUCUCCAACGUUCAUCUGUGGCAGGUCGAGAUGGGCGGCAGUUUCCGCGAAGUGCUCCAGGGCUGGAACGUGGGCACCGGCCAGUGGCUGCGACUGGUGGCCUAUGAACGGGCCGCCCGGCACCGCACGGUGGCAGUGUACGCGCUCAGUGCCCUCUGGCACGGACUCGACCCCUGCUACUUUGUGACGUUCGGCGUGGGCGCGCUCUGCACCGAGGCCAGCCGAGCGAGUCGUCGGUGUCUGCGGCCUCGCAUGCAGUUCUCUGCGUUCACCCGCCGGCUAUACGACCUGGCCGGCUGGGCGGCCACCCGCGUCUGUAUCGCCUACCUGCAGGUGCCGUUUGUACUGCUGGAUAUCUCCACUUCAAUGCGCGUCUACAGCGAGCACUACUUUGCGGUGCACCUGCUCUGCGCUGCCAUGAUCUUCCUUCUACCACGCGUGCUGCCGCCGCCUGCAAAAACAGUCUCCUCCACGGCCAAACUCACCACUCCAAUCGUCCACGACACCGGAUUGGUGGUGGAAAACUCCCACGUGACCUCUUCACCCACCGCCGCUAAUGGACACGUGACCACACACUCAGCCUGUGCUUCCGAUACCUACUCAAUGGACCCUCUCCCUGCCGGUGGUCAUGUGACUGACCUGGGUGCGCCCCCGGCAGGAUGUGUGGGCGGCUCGCUCCGUAAGAGGACUGCGGAUCUGGCCGGAGGGCUGACGGACGGUGGGCGCGAGAGACCUCUGCGUGCUGUCUGAACACCCGGGCGGCUUGUGACGACUUUUGACAGUCUGUAACAGGCUUGGGCUGCCGGUCGCGGCUUGUAACGGCUUGUGAUGACCGUUGGUGGCCUGUGACAGCUUGUGACGGCCUGUGACAGCUCGUGACGGCUCGUGGUGGUCUCUGGCGACCGUUGACGGCCGACACUGAGCCGACGGUACCCUGACAGCUAACUGGGCUGGAAGGAUUUGACCUAAGUCAAGUGACCCCAGCUGGACGGCCUGGCGGUGACAUCGACGGGCGUUUGGUGGCUGCUACUCGGCUACCAGCCGUGACAAGUGUAACUCCUUUGGGAGUAUUCGCCCGCCCUAGAGUCACCGGCGGCUGUCUGCAGCGGCUAGAGGUGUCGGUGUGACACUAACGAGCGCGUACGGCGUGUCAGGUGACUGUCCGGUGUCACCAGAUUUCAGUCCGGUGUUGUCUGCCGUGGUGUGGUGUCAGGUGUGUCAAGUGUCACCGUCCUUUCUGCGAUGUCAUCAUGUGUGCGCCCGGUUUCAGCCGACAUGGUGUGUGGAAAUGAGGGAAGGAUUGGAGAAGGGAGACUACAAGGCAGUGACGCUACGCUUCUUUGGGUGAUUUACGCGCCUGUGUGCAUAAUUUCCGACCGCUAGGUGCGGCUGCAGCUUUACCUGUUUGUAUUUAUGUCUGUCUGCUUUUCUCCCGCUAUGUGCUUAAAGGGACGGCGACACAUAAUCACUAUCCAAACAGCUUAUACUGAAUGACAUAUAGCUCUCGUGAUCGAUGCACUGUCACUUUAGGUCUCAGUCCAAAGGGUACGCGGCACGCUUGUUGGACUUUUGUCACGAGCCUGUUGUCUAGUCAGCUGAACGCUGGCUCCGUUCGCUCAGUCCGCCGGCCUCUGUCCCCGAGAGAUCCCGCCGCAGCCGACUCCUUUUACACGAGUCGGCCUGUAGAUAACUGCUUGUUGUGCCGCUUUUGGUGUUUUACGGAUGUUUUCUAAGAUGUGCUGCCGACCUGUGGGUGUGCCGCUAUUUUUGUGUACUUUUGUAUAACAGCCAGCGAGACUGCAGUGAGAUGUGCCGUGUAAUAAGACUGCGGAUAUUUGCCCGGCUAUGGCGAGCCAA